AUGAACAAAAUCGAUGACUGGGGAUCUUUCGAGGCCGAGGGAAAAAUAUUAAUAAUGAUUAAGCCUCAACACGACGCUUCCCCCUCAAUCGCCCCCAAAAUCGAUGACUGGGGAUCUUUGGAGGCCGAGGGAAAAAUAUUCAUAACGAUAGAGCCUCAACACGACGCUACCUUCUCACGCAUGAACAAAAUCGAUGGCUGGGGAUCUUUGGAGGCCGAGGGAAAAAUAUUCAUAAUGAUGAAGCCUCAACACGACGCUACCUUCUCACGCAUGAACAAAAUCGAUGGCUGGGGAUCUUUGGAGGCCGAGGGAAAAAUAUUCAUAAUGAUGAAGCCUCAACACGACGCUACCUUCUCAAUCGCAUGA